GCAUUUCCUCCGUUAGAUUCUUACAAAGUUUUCUGAACGUCUUGCAGCAUGUUCAAGAACGAAUAUCAGGGAGGACCAUUUGUAGAAAUCUUCAGCUCACAAGGUAAAGAUCCAGUUGCAAAAUGGAAGCUUUGUGGCAGUCCAGCGGUCCAAAAAGUUUUUGAUAAAGAAGUGAAAAGCUAUGUUUAUAUACUGGAAGGCAGCAGUCAGAGAAACAAGAUGCAAUUGCCAAAGGACAGCAAACAGUCACUUGGUCUUAUCCAGCGGUUCCUUGUGUUGCAGCUUUGUGUGCCUGUGGGACAAGACUUCUCUACAGAAUUGCUAAUUACUGAUUUGGGAAAUAUCAAGCGACGACUGUAUUUAUCAACUAUCCAUAAGGAGUUGUCUGCAACCCCACUACAUGCAAAAAUACCAUUGGGUAUUAUCAAACGUAAAAUCUGGAGCAAUGUUUGUAUUGAUAUGGUGUCAUUUGCCAAUGCUGCAUUUAAAGGAGCAGGUUUCCAGUCCUUAGACAGGAUUGUUGUCUCAGCCAACUGUAAAUUAAGGAAAAUAUUUACUAUGAAACUGCAGCCACUGGAUACUACUUUCAAGAAUGAUGUAUAUUCUUUACAGUGUUUGACUGAUGGACCCACCGAUGUAAUUCCAAAGUGCUGUCAGCUAGGCAUUGAUGUAGACCAAGUUACACAACUCCUGAAUAUGGUAAAACUGAAACAGGGAGAAUUAAGGCUUGGAAACCAACCCUCCACUUCAACAGAUUUGGACCAACAGACCAAUGGUGCAACAGCUAGUGUACGCAGUGUUAGAAGCCAAGAUGUUUCUCACAUUGCUUUUGGAUCAAAAGUACUUGGACCACCUCCAACCAGUGGCAGAAAAGCUGGGACAACAGGAUCUAAAGAUUUGUCUGUCUUGAUGGAUAACAAAACAGCUAGAUCCUCCUAUCAACCUCAUUAUAAUAAAGAUGCCAUAUCAGAAAGAUUGACUGGCAGAUCAGAAAGACGGACUUCAACUCGACCAGAACCAGCUAACCACAUAAACGAAGAAAAUAUUUGCUUCUCAAAGCAAACAUCUAGAGCUGUUUCUUUGGCUAAACCAAAAGAUGAGAUUGAAGUUUUGUCAGAAGAUGAUCAAAUUGAACAGCCUCGACCCCCACAUGAACCAUCUUCUGACAGGAGAAAUCGUAGAAAAUUACAUUUACGGCUGAGUGACAUGGCAAAGAAUGGCCCAAUUGAUGAUCAAUGGCACUUUCCUGACCAUUCUGAGAGCAGUUUACAAUUCAUUUCCUCUCAACAGUCCAUAUCUUACCCAGAAAGUUCCAGAAACACUUCAAAUUUACAAAUAAAUGAGAACAAGAAAGAAAAUGAAAGCAGGUCAGCAUCUCUAAGUGAAGAUGAUGAAAAAGAUGAUGAAUUAAAAUUGAAGGAUAUAUUUACAUUUUCAUCACAACCAAGGUCAGCUCCUCGUGGCAAGAUGCAGACAGCUUCAUCAGAAUGUUUCACGUGGACAGUAGAUAUGAAGGAUGAUGGAGAACCAGAAAAUCCAGCUAAAAGAGGUGCCCAUCUGGAGGAUGAUUUCUAUCAAAAUUAUGACAGUGAAGAGGAUGAUAUGCUGAAUAACACUACCAAACGACCCGUGGAUGCCAGGACAAGUUCCGUUAGUUUGGAAGCCUCAUUUAUCUACCAUACAUCCCAUAGUUCAAUGUCAGUUGCCUCUGAAAGAACAAUAAGAACUGCUUCAGGAGAACAAACCUUAGAAGAAACUCCUUCUCUUACACUGACCAAAAUGGACAAGGAAAAGAUUCACAGCAAUAUCUCUCCAGUCCUAAGCAGGUCUCCCACCAGAGUAGAUGCUCCAGAUUCUACACCAAGCAUCAUAAAAGUGAAAGAUGGUCAAGCUAAUCCAUCCAGAGCAUCCAUGGUAAAAAAAUCCUUAAAAGAAAUCCCAAAGAAAGAUCCAAGACUAACCACGGAGACCUGUGAAUAUAACUGGUUGAACUAUCAGCCAAAGGAUAUGAGUGAAUCUGAUGAAGCAAGAAUGCUGGCUAGUUUACGACGGCAGCAACUUGAAGAAAUGGAGGAUGAAGGGAAGACAAACCAUUUGAAUGCUGUCCAGCUUGGUUACUGUGUCUAUGGUGAUGAUAGCUUGAGUACGAGCAGUGAUGACACAAGCGUCUGGAGUACCCAGCACACAGGACCAUUAUUUUCUUAUGUUUACAGAGACUGGGGUAAUAUUUACAGUCCCCCCAUCAUUCUGCCCAGUGAACAACUGAAAGAUCUGAAAACUGCCCUUUCACCCAGACAACCUGCAGUUCGUCAGGAUAUCGGAAAUCAUACUGCAAAUAAUGCUGAAGAUCAAGAUGAAGUACUGGAUCUGUUGUAUGAUCCUUGUUUGAAUUGUUACUUUGAUCCAAAAACAGGGAAGUACUAUGAACUAGCAUGA